AUGAAAUGUUUAAUCAAAGAAUGCGAUUCAUAUGAUAAGAAUCAACAAUGGGACAUUGUUUGUGACAACUUAUGGAAACUACCUCUCAGUCAGUCCGUACUCAUGAUUGGUGUUCUUUUAGGCAAUUUAUUCUUCGGCUCAUUCUCUGACAGAUAUGGUCGGAAAGCACUUUUCAAUUUCGCCCCAAUUAUAUGCUUUACAUCAAGUUUUUUGACUUCAUUUGCGCCCAAUAUCUAUGUUUUUACUAUUUUGACGGCAAUAACGGCCGCCUGUAUUGUAGGCAUGAGUCAGGCCUCGUUCAUAAUCGGUCGCAUUGAAUUCAUCGGCAAUAAGUAUCGGGUUCUUUGCGUUAAUCUCCAAGAAAUUGUUUAUUCUUUGGGAACUGUUAUUCCCGGAAUCGGUUCGAUGGCAGACAUCCAACGGACGGAUCAAUAA